GACGUUGAAUUGAACUGAAGCGGAAAAAGUUACUUUGCAGACAGCCGCGAAUCGAACACGAAGCAUAAAAGUUGAUAAACUUUGCUGGACUUUGAAAAUAAUUUAAGAUUCAAGUUUAUAUAUUUUGGACAUCUUUCUUCAUUAAAACAGAAGAUGUCUGAUUAUAUUUAUCCAAAUAAUACCCCAAUAGUAUUAUUAAAUUGUGGAGAUGCAUUUAAAGAUCUUACAGAAAAAGAAAAAUGUUAUGCACAUUAUUUGUCCAAGGCUUGCUGGUAUGGAGGGCUAAUUGUUCUCUUGCAGACUUCUGUUGAGAGCCCUUUAAUCUACACUCUUCUUCACAAGCUCUUUCGAUUGCAAUCUGUGAGUGAACUGAAAGAAAUUGCUCUCAAUGACUGUGAAUUCACUGAAGAUGAAUUUACGGCUUUCCUCAUCUAUGCAUCUGGUAUAUUCAGCAAUAUGGGUAAUUAUAAAGGAAUGGGUGAUUCUAAAUUCAUUCCCAAUUUACCUGAGGAAAAAUUCAAAAAGCUGUUGUUAGCAAGCAAAUUUGCAAAGGAAGAUCCAACUCAUUUGGAUAGAUUACUCUCUAGCUGUUUAGAAUCAAUCUAUUCUCUAAAGGACAGUUUAUGUCGUCUUGGUUUUCCAUCAAAUGGUAUUACUACCUAUUUCUCAAAAAAUAUUUCUAAGGAAGACGAUGAAAUAGUUAAAAAUUUUAUGAAAGAGAAAGGCAUUGAAGCAUGGAAUACAAGGCUAUUUAAAGUUACAGAUGAAAUUGGUAAAAGUUGUUAUGAAAUACGAUUAGCAUCAGUUUUGCAAACAGGUGAUGAGGAAGAUAGAGAUAUCCUUUGUGAAGAUAAUAUGAAUGGUCAUAAAUUUAUCAUCACCCGAGGUGAUUACAGCAAACUCUUAGCUAUUGUUAAUCACUAUUUAGCUAUUGCAAAGGAAUAUGCAGCUAAUGAGAAUGAAAUAAAGAUGAUUGAAAAUUACAUCCAUAGUUUCAAGACAGGCUCAUUAGAUGCUCAUAAAAAUGGAUCAAGGUAUUGGAUUAAAGACAAAGGACCUGCAAUAGAAAGCUAUAUUGGAUUCAUUGAAAAUUAUAGAGAUCCUGCUGGUAUGAGGGCUGAAUUUGAAGGCUUUGUAGCAAUGGUUAAUAGAAAGAUGAGUGCAAAAUUCACUGACCUUGUCAACUCAGCUGAAAGUUUUCUGCCCCUCCUGCCAUGGCCUAGUGCUUAUGAAAAGAACAAAUUUUUGCGACCAGAUUUUACUUCUUUGGAUGUCUUGAGUUUUGCCAGCAGUGGUGUACCUGCUGGAAUUUGCAUUCCUAACUAUAAUGAAAUCAAGGAAAAAGAUGGUUUCAAAAAUGUAUCCUUAGGAAAUGUAUUAUCCGUCAAACCAACAGAGCCACCCAAUUAUUUGAGCAAAGCAGAUCAGGAUAUUAUCCUUCAAUAUGUAAAUUUAGCUUUUGAAGUCAAUGUUGGUCUUCAUGAACUUUUAGGACAUGGUAGUGGAAAACUUUUCAAAAAAGAAAAGGAUGGAAGUUUGAAUUUUGAUGCAUCAAAUGUGCUCAAUUUUGAAACGAACAAACAGGUAUCAAGUUGGUAUGAUGAUGGUGAAACUUAUGAUUCUGUAUUUGGUUCUACUGGAUCUUCAUAUGAAGAAUGUCGAGCAGAAUGUGUGGCCUUGUAUCUUGCUGAUGUUCCGGAAAUUUUAAAAAUUUUUGGUUAUGAAGGUGAAGAAGCGGAAGUUAUUGUCUAUACCUUAUGGUUAGCUAUGCUUCUUAGUGGCAUUGAAGGUUUGCAGAUGUAUAAUCCCAAAACAGAAUCAUGGCUUCAAGCUCAUUCUCAAGCUCGCUAUGUGAUACUUCAAGUUCUGCUGGAAUGUGGUGAAGAUUUUGUGAAGGUAGAAAAAGUUGACGGCACUGAUGGAAACCCCAAUCUUUUACUGACUAUGGAUCGAUCAAAAAUUGCUAGCAUUGGAAAACCAGCAAUUGGGAAGUUUCUAGGAAAAUUGCAGCUCUACAGAUCAACUGCAGAUAUUACCUCAGCGAAAGAAAUGUAUGAUAAGUAUUCAGCUGUUAAAUCUGGAACCAAAUAUCCCUUCCUUGACUAUAGAGAAAUUGUUAUGGCUCGUAAAAAACCUAGAAAAUUGUUUGUCCAGACUAAUACUUUUGAAGAAGAUGGUAAAAUUAAUUUGAAAAAUUAUGAACCAUCAGCAGAAGGCAUGAUCCAGUCAUGGGUUGAGCGAUUUCAAGAAGAAAAUGUGGAUGAUAUUCUUGAAGAAUUGUGGGCAAAGGAUAAAAAUCAUUUUUCUUGAUUUAAAGAAUCAUCUUAGACUGCUUCAUAAAAUUCUUUUUUACUGCACGAACAAGAAUGGGUCUGAAUGAUUUUUACCCGUGUUUCAAAAUUUUAUUUUCCUGUUUACUGAAGUUGUAUAUCUAUAUAAAGUAUACAAUAGUUACUCAGCAAUAAAUAUUUUUACUACUGAUUUCUUAAA